AUGAACGAAUCACCAGAAGCAAGAAAGAAACCAACUCUAGAAAGUAAGGAGGGAAAGCGCCACAAGCGAAAAGCAAAGGAUGAAUCGAAACACAGUGAGUCUGGAUUCUCGCUUACAUGCUGCCGCAAGAAGCAACAAAUGAAGAGAGUGGAUGCGAGAAAAGGCAGAGGGAAGGGCAAGGAAAAGAAGCAUAAGAAAUCGCGAUCUCGAAAAUCGAAAUCAAAGUCGAAGAAAAAAAGAAGACGAAGUAAGAAGAGCAGAAAAAGCAGAAAGAGGCGUAGUAAAAAAAGAAGUAGGAAAUCUAGAAAAGCGAAGAGCAGAACGAGCACGAGCGCCAGGAAGGCUAGAAUGAUCAGAGACAACCGAGAACAUCUGAUAAAGUCUCAGAGUUUGACGACUCCGACAAAGAGCGGCGAAAGCACUGAAGGAGCUGUUAAGGAUUCUCCUUUCGUAUCUUACGAUGCACCGAUCACUCCAUAUUCUCCAAUGAAAAAGGACAAAAAGACCAAGAUGAGCGAAGACGGUGCUAUUUUGAAGGCCGCACCACCGGUUUUAGAGAGCAACGUACAUUUUCAACCUCACCGGUCUUCAGAUGACAGAGCAUACCGAAAAAAAGACGAAGAGGCACCUUCAACAGCUAUAGAUAUAGAUAGUUCGAUAAGGAAGAGACGGACGAAGAAGCCUCGGAAGGCGCAGUACGGGGCAAGAGGUCCAGCAAAGAAAGGAGAGGAGCGUCGAAAAGAAGAAUACAAAUAUUUAGGGCCACCGGUACAGGAACCAGCUUCUGAGCCUGGUAUCCAACGUGCAUCCGAGUUGAUUCCUUUAGAAGAAGACAUCGAUCCUAACUAUCCAGCUCAACGCAUUGUAAUAAGCAAUUUUGUUCGAAACGGUUGUCACGUGAAACGUUGGCUCUAUGAGGACAGUUACCCAAUUGAUGGCCCAAGACCCUCAAUAUAUGAUUUGACGGGAUCAAGAUCACGCAAACAAUAUUCAACAUGCUGUUGUGGCCGAAGAUAUGUAUGCGAUGGAUGCUGUGGCAGAGAUCUAAUGGCAAAACAAAGAGCACUACUUAAAGACAGUGAAGAAAAUGAUCGUAUUCGUGGAGAGUUGCAACGACUUGAUGUGAUACUAAGGAAUCUCGAUGACUGA